AGGAGUUUGAAGCUGCUCACGCUAGAGUCGCGGCGUUGGGGAAUAGGGUCAAGACUGAGCUGUCGGUGGAGAUCGACAUGGCUGAUGUCGUCCUCGCUCUCGCUCGUCCGGGCGCGUCGAGUCCAGUACCAGAGCAGGACGACAGGGUGCUCGAACCCGGAGAGCCUAUGGCAAGGGUACACGUACAUCGUUCCCCCUCUCUAGGAACCGCACAAGUGGAGCGCAAACACGUCCCUCCAUUCUUGCGUAAGAAGCUGCCUGUGCCGCCAAAGCUCACCCUCGCAGAGCUGGAAGCACUGGCCAAGUGGAAGCUUCAGCGCGGAGCAGCGUUCUACAGGUGGAAAGAAGCGUGGGCCUCUGUCCCGAGUUUCAGGGAAAGGACUACUCCGGGUUUGUCUGCGAGGGCAUUCCAUCGGCAGCGGAAGGCCACUAAGAAAGAGGGGCUUCCGUGGCCUUACUAGCUCGUGCGGGAUCUCAGGGCAGAAAUGAGGAAGAAGAGUCUGGAGUUGGAAGGGUGUGAUCCUAAGAGGA